AUGUGGUUCAGCAUUGAAAAUAGCACGGCACUGAUCUUCGGAAACGCUGCUACAGCUAACGCUAAGUCACGGAGUUCUGUUGUCCUCUUGGAACUGUCCGGGAAAGUCUUUAACCGUCAAUACCAAAAUUCCCGUGCGAAGUCCCCGGAUUACGCCCCGCACUCCUAUAACCUAGCUAUGGCCCCGCCAACAGCAAACCAGGGGGUUGUGUGA